AUUCUCCGACUGACACUCCAGGACGGCGACGACUCAACGUCAGCGCUGCUCCAUUAAUAUUCCAAAGCCAGGCGUCCGAUUGGAGCAACUGCAGCACGACCUCAUUAAUAUUCAUGAGCCUCGCCAUCGCCGUACUAGGAUCGGUAAUUUGGGCGCAUGCAGGCGUAAUGCGGAGAUCCCGGCUGGAGUCUGCGGUCUGAUCCUGAUCCGGAGCUCCACACGCCGGCCUGAGCUUCAGUGUGCGCCCGCCGGUCAGCCCGGAGCCCCGGAGCAGCAGGAGCCGGAGCCGCCGAACAUGCGCUGAUCCCGGCGGCGGAGAGACGGCGAGCUGCCCUGCAGAUCCUCCACAGGCUGUUCCCCAACACCCAGAGCCCAGAUGGAGACGCUACUGGUUUAUCUGAUGGUUGUGGUAAUGGCGUUAAAAGCCCAGAAGAUCCAAGUAUGUCCGAAGCGGUGCAUCUGCCAGGUUCUGCCGCCGAAUCUGGCCACGCUGUGUGAUAAGAAAGGUCUUCUGUUCGUCCCGCCGAACAUCGACAGACGUACUGUGGAGCUCCGGCUGGGCGAUAACUUCAUCACAGGCAUCAAACGCAAAGAUUUCGCCAACAUGACCAAACUGGUGGACCUGACGCUUUCCAGGAACACGAUCGGCUCGGUCGCACCGCACGCUUUUAACGACCUGGAGAACCUGCGGGCGCUCCAUUUGGAUAGUAAUCGAUUGACUCACAUAACGAACGAUACGUUUAGCGGAAUGUCCAAGCUGCACCAUCUGAUCCUCAACAACAACCAGCUGACGUACAUCCACAUCGGAGCGUUCAACGACCUCCUGGCUCUGGAAGAACUGGAUUUGUCGUAUAAUAAUCUGGAAGGCGCACCAUGGAUCGCUAUACAGCUGAUGAUUAGCUUGCACACGCUAAACCUGGAUCACAAUAUGAUCAACUACAUCCCCGAGGGAACGUUCUCCGGUUUGCAGAAGCUGAAGCGGCUGGACGUGACCUCCAAUAAGCUGCACAAGCUGCCGCCGGAUCCGGUUUUCCAGCGUGCGGGCGUUCUGGCCACCUCGGGGGUUCUGGGCGCCUCGACCUUCGCUCUGAGUUUCGGGGGUAACCCUCUGCACUGUAACUGCGAGCUGCUGUGGCUGCGGCGACUGCGGCGUGAGGACGAUCUGGAGACCUGCGCGGCACCACAACAUCUUGCCGGACGAUACUUCUGGACCGUCUCUGAGGAGGAGUUCCUGUGUGAGCCGCCGCUCAUCACUCGACACUCACAGGAGAUGCGUGCGCUGGAGGGCCAGCAGGUGUCUCUGCGCUGUAAGGCCCGCGGGGACCCAGACCCCAUCAUACACUGGGUGGCCCCUGAUGGGAAGCUGGUGUUCAAUUCCAGCCGUACCGUAGUGCACACUGACGGGACACUGGAGAUCCUGAUCAGCACAGUGAAGGAUUCGGGCUCCUUCACCUGCGUGGCCUCCAACCCAUCCGGAGAGGCGCAGCAGACAGUGGAUCUGCUCAUCACCAAACUCCCACACUUCACCAACGACACCAGCCUGGCCCCAGAGCCGGACCCAGGCUCCUCAGACAUCGCCACAUCCGCCAAAACUGCCGACGGAGGGCCCUCAAUAGGCAACACAAAGGGUGGGCAGGAGAAGAGGGUGCUGAUCUCAGAAAUCACCGCAUCUUCAGCUCUCGUCAAGUUCAACUUCCAGAGGAAUAUUCCCGGCAUCCGGAUGUUCCAGGUCCAGUACAACGGCACUUAUGAUGACUCCUUAGUCUACAGAAUGAUUCCUCCGACCAGUAAAAGCAUCACGGUCAACAAUCUAGCGGCAGGCACCAUGUACGACCUGUGCGUUCUGGCCAUCUACGAUGACGCCCUGACCACGCUCACAGCGACCCGCGUGGUGGGCUGCGUGCACUUCUCCACCGACCCGCAGUACAUGCGCUGCCACUUCAUGCAGUCGCAGUUCCUGGGCGGCACCAUCGUGGUCAUCAUCGGUGGCGUGAUCGUGGCGUCCGUGCUGGCUUUCAUUAUCUUCCUCAUCGUGCGAUAUCGAGUCUGCCAGCCGGAUGGCGCUGAGAAAGCGGUGGAGCUGGGCGUCAUUCGCUCGCAGUCCGAGACACUACAGGUCUGUGGUGUCAUCAAGUCCAUGUCCAAGCAGGUUCUAGGACUGGAGCGCGAUGCAUGUCGGAAGGUGUCGCCGCAAAACGAAUCAGCACGAGCUUCAAAACCUGCGUUUCCCGACUGCACCGUCAGCACGUCUGCAGGAACCCACAGCUGGCACCCGGCGUCCCCGAGUCCACUGCGCCACACUCCAGACACACAGAUCAACGUAGAGCCUGAAAACACCAAUAAGAACAACUCGGCUAAAGCACGUCCCGCCGUUCGCGCAUAUUCUACCAUGGUGACUCCGGUUUCUCGGCGAGCUCAGCUACAGAGUCUGCACCACUACCAGACGGUGCCAGUGGGCUGCGUACGGGUCAGCCGACGGCACUCCCUGAACGUAGACUCCUGUAAACAGCCUGCGAAUCUGAGCGCUACGUAUCCCUCCGCCGCGCUGCAGCGCUCCAAACGCAGCUUAUCCAUGAGCGGCGGAGAUAUCCCGCAGAUGGACAGCGGCGGAAACAAGCGCAGCGGGAAAUCCUCACUGUCCCAGUCGGAGUGGGUUCUGGAGAGCACAUUAUAAUGGAGGCUGGUCUUUUCCAGGGGGACGGACGAUGUUUUUUUUAAAGCACAAAUUAAAUACUGUUUCAUGCAUAUAGUAAGAUGAUACUACGACUUGUAUAUUUCUUUGUUUUAUGGAAUACUACUGACACUGCAUACAGACAUGUUACGUUGUGUAAAAUAAAGUGUGAAAACCA